AAGCUUGAACCCAUUGACCUGCCACAAGUAAUUACCUCUGAAAGUCUCCUGUACCAGCAAGAAGCCAGGACAGGACACAAAGCAAAGCAGGAAGUAGAGAAGAAAAUGCCAACUCCAAUGUAUGCUGCUGGGAAAAGACAAUAUUUGCAUAAGAUGCAAAUGCUGGAAAUGAACCGUAAAAGACAAGAGGCCCAAAUGGAGUCGAAGAAAAAUCUUGCCAUGGAAGCAAGAAUUAAUAAGCCAAAACUAAGGGACCAUAAAGCCAAGAAAAUACUUCAAAGUAUCCCCAGGAAUGAAGACUAUGAUGUUCUAACUGUGGUGCCUGAUGAAACCAGGAACAGAGGUUCUGGAAAUUCAUGGGAUGCAGAAUAUUUGGAAUAUCAAGCAGGGAAUGACUGUUAUCCCCAGAAAACUGGCAAAAUGGAAACGUGGUUCCGUGAACAAGAGGCCCAGGGAAAGCUUCUCUGGGAUAGUUCUAGCUCUGACUCAGAAGAGAUGAGCAAAGAUGAGAAACAACCACGAGCACUGGUGAGGACCAGGACAGAGAGAAUCCCACUUUUUGAUGAGUUUUUUGACAGAGAAUGA